CAAAAUAUCUGUAAAAUUUAAUGUGGUACAAUUGUUUAUAUACACUCAUACACAUACAAGUAUAUGCUACGUUGAAUAACGUAAAGCUCAUGCCAGUGUAAAGUUUAUACAAUUUGAAACUCGAACCAAUACAAUUGCAUACAACUGUAACUCGUUCUGUAUUUAAUGUUCUGCUCGUAUCAACUAGUACAAUUAAUUAAAUUUUUCUGCGCAGUUUUAAUUUAAAAGGAUUAAAUUUUUGAAGUUAUUAUUAAGUUUAUGACAAUGGCAAAUAAUGAAGAUAAUAAGACUGAAAAUGCAGCUGAAGUUAUAGAAGAAAAUGAAAAUGAUGAUGCAGAGAAGAUUCUUAUUAUAGAUCCUGAUAGCGAAGAAUUAGAUUUUAAUCAUUCAAGAUUAACAAAACUAGAAAAUUUGGAACCAUUGAGGCAAAUACGCAAAUUAUGUUUCACAUGGAAUUUAAUUAAAAAAAUAGAGAAUCUUGAUACUCUUACAACAUUAGUUGAACUGGAGCUAAGGGAUAAUCAGAUUGUUGUUAUAGAGAAUUUAGAUGCUCUUGUAAACUUAGAACUUUUAGAUUUAUCUUUUAAUCGUAUUAAAAAAAUAGAAGGGUUAGAAAAUUUAUCGAAUUUACAAAAAUUGUUUUUGUCGUCAAAUAAGAUCCAAUGCAUUGAAAAUUUGUCACAUUUAAAAAAUCUCACAACUCUCGAGUUAGGUGACAACAAAAUACGAGACAUUGUCAAUCUUGAGGGUCUUGAUAAUUUGACAAGCUUAUUCCUUGGUAAAAAUAAAAUAACAAAAAUCGAUAACUUGGGAUGUUUACAAAAUCUUCAAUUAUUAAGUCUUCAAAGCAAUCGUAUUACAAAAAUAGAAAAUCUAGAAGAACUAAAAAAAUUAGACCAGUUAUACUUGUCUGAAAAUGGAAUUACAUGUAUUGAAGGAUUAUUAAGUUGUUUGGAAUUAACUACAUUGGAUUUAGCUAAUAAUAAAAUUAAAAAAAUUCAAAACAUUGAUCAUCUUGAAGAACUGAAGGAGUUUUGGAUAAAUAACAAUGAAAUUGAAGAAUGGACAACAAUAGAAAAUUUAACAGCUAAUAAGAAAUUACAAACUGUUUACUUAGAACAUAAUCCUAUUGCUAAAGAUCCAAAUUAUAGAAGAAAGAUGAAAUUAUUGUUGCCAUGGCUUAUUCAGUUAGAUGCAACACUUUGCAGAUAAAUACUAUAAUAAUACCACAUAAAUUAUGCUACAAUCAUUUUUUAGAUUAUGUUUAUUAACAUUACAGCUCACUUCAUUUUCAAAUUAUUUUAAAAGAUUAAUUUCAGAAAAAUGGAAAGUCAGAAUUAUAUUCUUAAGCUUGCAGGUCAAAGAUGUAAAAUUUUCCUCAAGAAGGAAAUGUAUUUGUCUUUCUUACACUUUACAUUUUAGUAAGCAUUGUGAAUGUAUUGUGAAAUGAUAAAAAGUAAUCACAACUUUAAUAAUUAAAAAUAUAAAUUUAUAAAAAAAUAAUAUAUUAUUUUUACUAAACAUUUAUUUUAAUAUUGUACCAAAAUUUCAAAGUAUUUUACUCAAAACUGGUGAAUUUUAUAAGUAUGUAAUAAUUUACUGAGUAUUUUUUAAUUCUUUUUUGAUUAUGUAAACAUGUAUGUGUCUAUUUCAAAAUCUUGAAUGCUUUUUUUAUAAUUACAUAAAUUUAGUUGCAGUGUUCAAUAAAUAUUGUUAGUUGUGUUUUAGUUUUAUAAACAAGAAUACCAAAUGAAUUAUUAAGCAAUAAUAGUGCAAAGAUAUUUAGUGCAAAUUAUGUUUUAUUUAAAUU